AUGAUGUUACCAAAAGUUGCAUCUUUUGCUUUCAUCGCCUAUUCUAUGGCUAUACAAAUCAACAUUCCUUCCCCAUUUGAAGAAUGGAAAACUGGUGAGGAACACACGGUUAAAUGGAAUUUUGUCGAUGAAGAUCCAAAAGUCGCUCAACUGUAUUUGAGCAAUUACAUUAGGUAUCCUCCAAUUAACAAGUUUAUAACAACGCUUUCUGUACCAGACGGCAGCUAUACUAUUGACACUACCGAUUGGCCUAUUGAUGGAGGUUACCGCAUCAAUAUGAGAAGCCCUGAGAACUUUGACGAAAUAUACGCUCAGUCAGAGGAAUUCAUACUUACACCACCGAGAGAUUAA